GGUAGUUGCCCAAUAUCAGGCAUGACAGAUGGAUUUCACUUCGACGUCAUGAUGCAUUUAGAGAAAUGGUUGCAAUUGCAUAAAGGUAGCGGGUGAAGGAGCACAUACAUCUUAUAUCAUGAUGCACAGAUUAAUGCUGACCCCCAUCGUUAUCUUGCUUUCCUUUUUCCUCCCCUUCCCACUGCCAGAUGUCCGGCAGUCUGGUAUUACUAGACGACUCGGCCUUCUCGCCUGGCUUCAGUCCCAGCUAUCUUUGGAGCCGUGAUUCUGGCCAUCCGUGGUAUCAACGGUGGUAUCAGCAUUAUUCUUCUUGGGCAGAGCAUAGCAAUGCAAGCAACUCGACAUACGGAUCCUUCUCAGUUACAUUCGAAGGUAUUUCGAUCGCUUUCACUGGUAACACUCCUCCUGGUACAAACAAACAGACUUUCUCCGUGUUCAUCGAUGAAGCAUACGCCUAUGUCGCUUCGUACCCUUCUCAGGCGGAGUAUAUGCAGUGGUAUAUGUCACCGACGCUGGAAGAGGGCAGCCAUACUAUCACUCUUACAGAGAUGGAUGAGACCGACGUGGACUAUGCCCUCGUCGGUGUCGGCGAUCAGACAACUGUCUUAGGUAAAGACCUCCUGGUGGACGACACUAGUGAUCGUAUAAUAUGGACUGGAGACUGGAAGACAAAUAAAGGUACCCUAAUGUAUAUCACGGAGCCUUACAUUGUCAACCAUCCGCUUGGGAACUCUACGAAGGACAGUAAAACUGUUGGGGACUCUUUUUCUUUCGAGUUUACAGGGACGAAUGUAUCUGUGUUCGGGAUCCAGAGGAAUUCUAUAGUCGGAGUCAUCUCCGCUGAUUUCAGUGUAGAUGGAGGGGAAACCACUACAUUCUCUACAACCAGUGCGAGUUCUGGUAAUGACUUAGCCAACACGAUGUUCUUUUCGUCUUCGAUCCUCGAUUUUGGGGUCCAUACGCUUAUCAUGAACAUCACAGAUGUCGCUGGUGACCAGUCGCUGAAGCUAGAUUACCUCACCUAUUCUAAUCAGGUGUCCAAUAGCAACAGCUCGUCAUCACCUUCAAGUAGUAGUGCCAGUUCCUCCAGCUCGAAUCUGCCUUCUAGUUCCACUUCGGAUUCGCCUUCUGGUUCCAGCCCGUCGUAUUCACCAUCCAAAACGACCAACUCUAAAGGCAUUGUUGGAGGGGUGGUGGGCGGUGGUGUUGCUUUACUCCUGAUAAUAGCAGGCGCUCUGUUUUGGUGGCGACGAAAAAAACGAGCUCAUCAUAAGGCUAAUUUGAUCAGCUUGUCUCAAUCGUUUACCUACACCCCAGACCAAUCUAUUGCUCGCCAGGCUGAGCCGUCCGGGAAUCGAGCGGAAAUCAGACGCCGACUAGAUGAAAUCAACAGUUUGAUAGCCCAGAUGGAGCAACCCUCAAACGAAAUGACACAGAUACAGGAGAUGCAGAAUCGAAUCGAGAUGUUGACUGAGGAGAAUACACAGUUGAUGGGAGUAUCGCCUCCAGCUUACGAAGACUGAAGGAUUCCGCUGGUGUGGGAUAUUGCAUUGCUUUGUCACACUUUUACUUCGCCAAGUGGGUGGGCUGCGAGAACGGC